AUGCAGAAUCUCAGUUUGCCGGUGCGUACGACGCCGAGUCGGCGGAAUCAGGAGAGCAGAAGCUACUUCACCAGUUACACGCCGCCGAGCUCUACGGAGGCGAUCAAUGGCCCGGUCAGGGAGCCGGUGAGGGAGCAGCCGCCGAUGACGGAUCGGUUGAUUGUGGGAGUGGACUUUGGGACGACAUUUUCAGGUGUCGCUGCGGUAUACACAUCAACGCCGGAUGACGUCGAAAUCAUCAAGACGUGGCCAGGCGGCAAUGGCAUCACCUCAGACAAGGUCCCUACGGAGAUUUCAUACAGCUUCCCAGCCAACGACUCAACCGGCGCCGAGCCCACUGUGAAAUGGGGGUUCCAGUUCAAGCCAGACGAGUCGCGGCUACGAUGCAUCAAGCUGUUUCUCGACCGCUCCCAAAAGCUCCCCUUUUACGUCAGCCCGCUGGACACGGCGGCGCAGCUGAAAAAGUUCAACAAGAACGUCGUGGACGCCGUCAGCGACUACCUGACGCAGAUUUACCGGCACACCAUGGACACCCUGACGCGGCGCUACGGCGAGUCGUUUAUGGCGUCGACAAAGGUCGAGUUUGUGCUGACGUGCCCGGCGGUGUGGAGCGAUGCGGCCAAGAACACGACGUUGCAGGCGGCGGAGCGGGCGGGCAUGGGCAGUCGGUCGGAGAUUCAGAUGAUUAGCGAGCCGGAGGCGGCGGCGGUUUAUACGCUCAAGGCCAUUCAGCCGAAUCAUUUGAACAUUGGCGAUAACUUUAUCGUUUGUGACGCGGGCGGUGGAACGGUAGACUUGAUUGCGUAUAAAAUUAUAUCCCUGAAGCCACUGAGAGUCGAGGAAUCUGCAGUGGGAACGGGAGGACUGUGUGGAAGCGCGUUCUUGAACUACAGGUUCGAGGAGCAUGUCCGGACCAGGCUGGGCCAGGCUCGGUUCGAUGAGAUGAAGACGAAAAAGGGCAAGACGUGGCAGAUGGGUCUGCGGUACUUUGAAGAGUUUGUCAAGCGCAACUUUAACGAGGAUGAGCACCAGGAGAUUAAUGUUCCUUUCCCUGGUCUUCCCGAUGACGAAGAAGCAGGACUUGACUCGGGAUUCAUGGUCAUGAGCGCCGAGCAGAUCAAGGACAUCUUUGAGCCCGUCGUCAAAGAGGUCUGCGAUCUGGUGCAAGGCCAAGUCGAAGGCCUCCGUGCCAAGGGGGGCAUCGUCUCCGGCAUCGUGUUAGUCGGUGGUUUCGGCCAGAGCGACUAUCUCUACCGACGGCUCAAGUCACACUUUUCAAGCGCCGCGCCGCCGCCGUACAGCGAGCGGCCAACGCACGCGAAUGCAAAUUCAUCGCAGGACAGCGGGUCGAUCGAGGUGAUGCAGCCGGUGUAUGCGUGGACGGCUGUGGUGCGCGGAGCGGUGCUGAGGGGCCUGGAGGGCAACAUGGUGAUUUCGAGAAAGUCGAGGAUGCACUAUGGAACGUCGUUUGCGACGGUGUAUGAUGAGGAGAAGCACUCUGUGAGCGAGCGAUACUGGUCGCCGCUGUGGGAGCGGUGGAUGGUAUCGGAUCGGAUGCAGUGGCACAUUGCCAAGGUUUUUUUUUUUCUCUGUUACAGAUCUAACAAUUCGAUGCAGGGUGAAUCGCUCUCUCCUCUAUCCCCCAUUGCCUUCCACUACACGCGCAACUUCCGUCCCGGCCAGUCGCUCAUCGUGACGGACGACCUGAUUGCGUGCGACGCCGACGACCCGCCCGCGGCGUACACGCGGGAUCUGGUCAAUGUGUGCACGUUGACGACGGAUCUGAACGCGGUGCCGAGGAGCCUGUUUACGAGGCUGACGACGACGCGGGGCGUGGAGUUUGACAAUCUCGAUUUCACGCUGGAGAUGAUUGUGGACAGUGCGGGGUUGGGAUUUGAGCUCAAGGUGGAUGGGGUGAGGUAUGGCCGGGUGGAGGCUGAGUUUCAUUGAUUGAGGAAAGGGGGUUGUACAUGUAUGCUUGGUUGGUGUUGUUGAAGCGCCUAUGGACAGGAUGUGGGAUCUGUUUUGAGGGGACUAUUGUGCAGCAUCCCAGCCGUGGGAAUUUUCAGCGAUUUUUUAAUUCAUCAUCUUACUGCUACCACGUGUAUGUAUAAAACAUUUAUAUUUUCAUGCAUUGGACUGACUGCAUUGUUGGUUGAGGUAUUGGGAAACGGGAAAGGGGGUGCUAAAUAAUGAACCCCCCCCCCCCCCUUUUGUAAACUGUACAGAUAGAUACUUGACAUCAACAAGUAAAGGCAUCAAUUCAGCUGCGAGACUUGCAGUUG